AAUCACUUAAUAUCCCGUCCUGAAAGAGAAAUAAGUCUGUAAAGUUGGUAAAGUUGAUUUUUUUAUUCAAUAGCAAUAGAUUGACUUGAGAAGAAUUAUGUCUGAUAGUGAAAUAAUGAAUGCCAAUGAAAAUUGCGACUCGUGCAAGAAGUCUUUGAGUGGCAAAAACGUUAAAAGUCUAGAUUGUAAACAUGUGCUAUGUUCUUCAUGUCUUGGAGAAAAUGAAGAUUCGGAUUGUCCCAUCUGUAUUGAUGAUGAUAAAUCCUCUGAUGAUCUUUCAAGGCAUAGUCUUACAGAUUUUCCAAAGGACAUUGAUGAGAUUUCGGUGAAACAAUGCUUCAAACACUUUAAAGAAGAAAGUAAUCCUAUCCUUUUCUGUAAAACUUGCAGUACGAAAUUGCAAUGCGUUGAAUGUCUGAAUAGUCAUACUAGAUCAACUUGCAAUGUAAUAUCGUACGAACCUGUCGAAGAAGCGAGGCAGGACUGUGAAAAAACAAUAGCAAAACUAAGAAGCACUGACUGUGAUCUUAAAGCAGAGCUCUUGGAAGACCUUAAAAAUCAUAAAGAGAGAUGCUUUACCGAAUUAGAGAAUAAAUUUUCAAUAAUGGAGAAAAAAAUUAAAAGCUUUUUUAAGAAAAGAGAGAAUACAUUCUCUAACCUUAUUCAAGAUAUUGAUGAAUUAUACAGUAACAGAAAAUCAUUGAAUAGUAACCUUUGCCUGCUAUCAACAGAGAGAAUGUCCUUCUCUCUAGAACCAAUGUUAGAUGUUAAAUAUGCUAUUAAGAUACAUGCCGGUUUUGGCGCUAAGGCGAGAACCCCAAAGAAAUUGACACUUGUGAGAGAACUUAGCAGAGUUCAUGAUUUUCCAGUUGGUUUAUGCAACAAUGCAAUGUACACUAUCAAAAAGCAAAAGAGAGAUACUUUUCUCAAUUACUAUUCGUUUUCAAAUCUAGAUAUUCAAGAGACAAGAAUGACAGCAGACGCAGGCGAAUUUGUUAUAACAAGUAAUUACGUAUUUAUCCGACAAAAAUCAUCGUACACUUUAAGUAUGUCUAAAAAUCCAUUUCCACAUCCUAAGCCUCGUUUGGAAUUUGCAAAAAUUGGUCAAUCUAUCGACAGCCUAUAUUCUGCAACUGAAAAAUGCUUAGGGGAAUACUUUAUUCUCUGUUCUAAUAGAGAAGGUAAACUAUGCUUCUUUGAGAAUAACAAUCUAAAAUGGACUUUAGAAAGCAAUUUCGAUGUUUAUGAUUCGUGUAUAAGUCAUGCUGGCUUUCCUGUAAUCAUUACGGAUAAUGAUAAUAAAAGUUCAUUAAUAGUGUUUGAUAGAUAUACUGGAAACGUACUUAAAGCCUUUGAGUUUCAGACUUUCGCAAAUAUUUGGUCUCUUCCUUCAAAUGGAUUUUUGCUACGCUUAUUUGAUACUACUAAGCGGAGUGAUAAAAUAUCAUUGCACUUUAUGGAUGAAACCUUUGAGAUGAAGUUGCUUGCUAAUGCCGAUAUUCAGAACCUCAUUACAUCGGCAAAUUCAAAUGAAUUAAUUAUUAAAGCUCGAUCGGAUAAGAGAAUGAAAUUAUUCAGAUUAUGA